AUGUAUGCAAAAUUGCUGGCCGAUGUCUACGGAGACGACAGCCACCAGAACCUAGCCAUAAACAACUUCGCUGUAGAAAUGAAGGCGGGCGCCAUGAGAUAUGCGUCACUCGUUCCUCGAGGUCCGACAACAGAACUAACAGAUGCAAUCAAGGAUGUGGAUAAGAUUCAUACUGAUCUCCUGGACUGCGAUCUCAAAAAGAAAGUCCUGCAGGAUUCCUUGACGAAAAUGAAAGGUCUGAUGGAAGUUGACGGCAAAACCGUUGACGUGUUCAAGUCCGAGGCAAUCGUAACCAUCGGCGACACGAAAAAGCUUCAGGACGCCAUAGAUAAGGUGAACCAUCAGGUUCAACCUUACAAGCAAACCCUCGCCAACGUGGUGCAGUCUUACGGCGAGUACGUCAUAAACCAGAUGAGAGACGUGGUUGGAAACUGUGCUCCCGCUUACACCAUCUACCUCUCAUCCGUCAGCGUCGUAUGCGACGGUGUCGUGAAACCUUUUAGUGGCUUCUGGUUAUGCGUGGCGUCGUUCAUUGCUGUGGGCAUGGUGGCAAUGUUCAUGGCGCUGUGUAUGUCGACGCUGUACUCUAGGAAGCCGAGACCUCCUAAGGCGACGCCAACCGAGUCUGUGCCGGUACCAAAACAGCGAAUGGAGAUCUUCGCCGUGUCAGUUAGGCCACAUCCACGAGAGCCAAGCAAGAUAGAGAUCAAGGAGCGAGUGCCUAAACGUGUAAAGACUCGGAAGGUCAGCAUUGCGGAGAGCGAGCCCUCAACUUCCAGCUGCAGCUGCAUUUUUUCAGACUCUUCCACGUAUUCGCCAAAGCCAACCACAGCGCCACCCAGGUCUCGCAGAACUAGUAGCCGCAGCACCAAAGAAUCCCGCGUGGAGAAAGCGACAGAUUCCGGCAAUGGUAUAGAAGGCAUAGUUGUGGUCAUUGGACGCGCAAGGCGGAAGAAGAAGAUGAAGGGGGAAGAAAUCGACGCGAUAACAAUAGAGAACGAGGAGGAUGACAGUAAUGGUAAGCAGAAGAAACGAAAGAGUUCGAAGAAGCAGACGAACAACGCGAAAGCGAUGGCGCCUGAGGACGAUGCCCAGAAGAAGAAUAAGAAAACGAAGAAGCAAGCACAGAAGGAAAAGAAGGACGCUUCGCACAACCAGUCGAGCACCACCGAUGUUCGCCUGCUGCUCCACGAACCGCCCACUUCUGGGAUCGCGAGAGCCUUUCGCACCGUAUCGCGGCGUGUGACGUCAUUCGGACGGAGUCCAUCAUCUGUUCUGCAGAGCAUCAGUGGCAGCGUCCACAGCCUCAGCACGAGACUGUUUCGGCGCUACCAGACGGUGGAUGACGACAUGUCGUCCUAUGCUGCUCUGCAAUGAGACUUAAUAAUGGUCGGUUAAAGACACUGAUGACCUUUAUUCGCAAAGACUGACUUUGCCUAGUGGCCAGAAUGUGGGAAAGCUUUGUCAAUAUUCAUGUGUAUUUAGUAAGUGCUUGAACAAUUUACUAACGUAAUUUAAACAAGAUAUUAAGUAUAGACUCGAGUCAUUCGCUUUGUUCUAAUUCUGAUUUGAGUGUGGAAACAUUGCUCUUCCUAAAACAUGUAUCUUUAAGUGGUGUCAAAUUGAUUUUUACUAUAUCAGUAUUUUGGGUGUGCUUAUUAUAGUCUGUUAGCCUAAAGUUCAGUACUUCUACUUGAGAAGAACGGUGACGUCCGAGAGGGUGCUUGUGCUACCUCCUUCUGUACUGCGAAAAAAAGAAUGUUUCAUAUGAUGUUGCACUUAAAGUAGGCGGUCUAGUUGUAAUUAGUUUUACACGCCGUUGCGUAAUGCAUUAAAGCCCUAGCAGUA